GGACUCUUUCUAGAAAAGGUUUUGGAACGAAGACUUGCUAAUUGCUUCUCCGAUCUCUAUCUCCGAUGGCGUACGUCGAGCGAGGCGUUGUGAAAUCCAAGCGAUCCAUUUGGCGACUCAAAACGAUAACGGACUUCUUCUGGGCCAUCGUCAACUUGAUAGGCGUGUUUUUUGCUACAAUGUUCUCAAUGGAAAAGUCGGAUGCUUACAGAAAAGGAUCCGGGGCUAGCAAAAAAUGGGAUGGCGGUGGGCCUGGAGGCCCUGGAGGGGGACCAUAUGGCGGUGGUCCUCGUGGGCCACCUCGUGGGCUUGACAAUGUUCGUGGCAUCGACCAUAGUUCCUUACCUGCCUGUGGUUCCUGCUGUGGUUAAAUGGUGGCGAGUAUAUCUUGCAUCGUGUCUUGAAAUGGUUGGAUGGUUUGGGAGUGAUAUGCUAGUAUGUUGAUGUAGAUACAUACAAGAAGACAUGGAAGCGAAAUGCAACAAUCGAUAACAUUUUUUCUUCCUUUCAAGUACUUAAGAAGACAUGUUUUGUAACAUUUUUUUGUACCCUUUGUUCCAGUACUUAAUGUGUGGGUACUCUAGCUGUAUGAAAUAUGUAAAAGAGUGUGCGAUCAUCCUUCAAGUAUAUGCAUGCAUUAAUUUUCAGACGUUUAUUGAUAUUGUUAGGUCUAUUCUAUUUACAAAACCAGGUGCAAUUACCAACCCC